GUCCCUUAUAUCGCGACCAUAAGGUUUUUUCUUUUUUCGAUCGAUGAAAACGGGAAAGAAUAAAUUGAAUUUAUCGAUCCGAACGACACGUCGGAUGUCAUUUUAAUCCUACGAGAGUUUAUUGUCGAGAUGAUGUCAAAAAGAAAGAACGAUGUCGAUCGUGCCGGUGUAUUUCCUUGUCGUCUGAGAAAAGCUUUUCUAUAUAUAUAUAUAAAAAAAAGAAAAGGAAAAGAUCGAAGCUAUCGAUCGUCUCGUGAGAGCCUUAAAACAAGCAACGAAAAGGAGAAGAAGAAGAAGAAGAAGAAGAAGAAGAAGAAGAAGGAGGAGGAGGAGGAAAAGAAAAAGAAGGAAGUGGGAUAAAAGUGCUUCGAAGAUUUUCUGUAAUCCCUCACCGUGCGAAGAAAACGUUCUCUUUCUGCGAUAAGAAAAGAAAAGAAUCCUUUUCUUUGUGUUUGGCUGUGAUGCCGCGAAAAAGCUCGCCAUUUCUUUUAUUUCUUUUAGAUCUCAAUUUACGGUAUCAUAAUGAACGUUACUACCAACAGCACUUUUCGUCGAUCCGAGGGAAACCGUAACGAAACUAAUGGUAACCAAUCAACCCAGGAUAGACGGAAAUUAUUGAAACGGACAAGGAGCCUUGCGGUAAUAUCGGAGGACGAAACACGUCAGGAACGUGAAACACGACAUUUUCAAUUAGGAGAAUCGACCUAUGAUCUACCCAGAAGGCAUCAGUUGAUACCAAGGGCUAAAUUGAUCGAUCGGAAUUCUCUUAAGGAUAGGCUCUACAAGAGUCAGCAACAUUUGUCAGACUCUUACGACAGAUUCAACGAGGUAAAGUCUGGUUAUUCACGAUCGACCUGCGGACUUCACUCGAUUCCACCUAUUCUCUCUUCUCUACCGAAUCCAUUGACAUAUGUGCGAACAACAAAUCGUUCUAAUCCGGAUCGCCUCAAUAUUCUCGAUUGGCCCGAACCACCGAGACGUUAUCGAAGUGUACAGACAUUGGAUACUGUCAGCGGAUUGGUGGAUAUUGUCGAAGAUAAUUGGCCCAUCGAAGGCAAUCGUAGUAUCGAUUGUAUUUAUACUCAGGUCAAGCGCAAGCGCAAAGAACAUCGCAGUUUGGAUAGCAUACUAUUCGAGGACGAGAGCGAGUUGGAAUAUUUCGACGUACUUAAUCUUUUGCCGUUGUCGAACGUACGAUUGGAAUUCGACGAGGAGGACGCGAGGAAUAAUAAUUUCUCUGAUAUAGAAAUAAAAGUGGAUAAUGAUGUUUCAUGUCGACGGGAACAGAAAUGUCAUGAGGUAUUGUCCACGGGGCACGAGGAGAAGGUAAACGUUAAAUGCAGAAACGUGACGGACGAGGAGAAAUGUAAACGUCACGCUACUACUAAGCCGGAAAUUGUUACGAUCGAGAAAGACGUAGAAGACGAAGGAGACGAAGAAGACGAAGGAGACGAAGAAGAAGAAUACGAAGAAGACGAAGAAGAAUUGGAAGAGGAAGCGGAAGAGGAAGUAAACGAAGAAGAUUUCAAAUCGAACAAGUGGGAAUCAAAGGGUGAAUUAUCGUCGGUUCUUUUAAAAAGACAGGAUCAAGGUGAAAAUAGUCCGGAGUCAUUGCAGAAUUUAGAAAACGAGAGAAACUUGGUGAUUUCAACGUCUACCAGCGACGAACAGGGAAGAAGGAAGGACGAUAGAUCGUCAUUGUUGUUGAGAAUUGAUCAAGAUAAUUGUAGAUCGGAUUUGAUUUUGGUGACAUCUAGCGAAGAGAAUAUCAAUCGGAAAUUAAGUGAAAGCGAGGAGGAGGAUUCUACGACAAUUUGGAUUUCGGAUAACGACGAACAGGAACAGGAAGACAUGUCGCGGAGACCUCAGAUCCUUAAAGUGGUCGAUAACGACGUGACGAAGAGACCGCAUCAUCGUCGUUCAAUCGAAAUCGAUAUUCAUGACGAGGAUAUCACAAGUUGUGAGAUAGCCCAAGACCUUAGAAAGGAAUAUAAAAAGUCUUACGAAUCUAAAACGAAAUCUGAUAGAAGUAACGAUGACGUCGAUGGAAAUUUGACGAUUCAUAACGUCGCCUCUCAAGAGGAGAAACCAGGAUCCGCGAUAGAAAACAUAAAGAACGUGUUCGAGAAUCAUACUUUCGUGAAAGCUGUUGGAAAGACUAAACAGAUAGAAGGCAGGUUCGAGAGAAUAGUUAAGGAGACGUCUAACAUACUUGGCAAAGCUUGUAACGUGGUAAAGGGUAGCUUAGGUUUUGAGGCUCGAUCAGAAAGUUCUGAUCUUGGCUUGGGUUCUGAGAUCGAAACUGAUACGAGGAGAAGAUCGAUAGACGACGGGGAUCCUUCGAGUAUAAUCCGUACCAAGAACGAUGUUACGUUGUGCAACGAGAAUGAUGGGAAAAAAAUUUACAGCAAUUUAACGAGAUCGAAGAGUUGCGCGGACUCGAUCGAGUCACCGAACGAUACUCAAGAAUUCGAUCACGUUCGUUACAAGAUCGUUAAGUCGAACGUAUUCAGUAAAAAUAUGUACAGCAGUGCAAGAGGUGACGUCACGUACGACGGUCUAAUGCAGUAUCUUCGAGAGUACUCAUUCCAGGAACUUCUUUUGGAUAACAACGUUGUUAUCAUCGAACCUGUACGCGCAGAACCAAUCGAAAGAAAGUCAUCUAAGAAGACGAUUGGAAAGGGAAGAUCAGAUCCAAUCAGCAAAAUUUCUGAUAUGACACAAAAGACGACGGAUGAUACUGAAAAAGAAAAUAACACUAAUGAAAAGUGCGAGGGAAAUUGUAAAAUCGUUAAACAAUCCUCGAUAAAAAAACAUUUCUUUUAUCAUCCUAUAAGAGUUAAUCGAGAAUUGAUAGAUGAAGAAUUACCUGAUCCCGAUACGGUUAGAAACGUUAGACGUAUGUUCGAGGAUACCUUGAGGAAGAAAAAUUCAACCGAAUUGGGCGUCGACAGGGAUUGUAAAAAUAGAAAGAGCGUUAGCAUGAAGGAUCUCACUAGUAUCGAUUCGGACUCUCGUUUCGAGGAAGUAUUGGAAAAGGGCGAAGAAAUAUCCAGAUGUUCAAGCCGAGCUAAAGAUCUGACCAGAAUGUUCGAGAGCAUGGAAAAGUCAACGUCCUCAUCCGUAUCAAUAAUUGGAAGUAAGGAUGAAUCUGACUCGAGUGUUAAUCGAAGCGAGUCAAAAACAAGAAUAUUAGCACAAUCGUUCGAAGCUAGAAGCGGGCAUAGCUCGCCCUGCGAUUCGAAUUCGUCGAAGAACAAAGUUUCACGAAGUUAUCAUCAGCAGCAUAAUCAGCAUCAGCAUCAUCAUCAUCAUCAUCAGCAGCAGCAGCAGCAGCAACAGCAACAGCAACAGCAGCAUCAUAAUCAUAAUUGGGACACUGGAAGUGUUAGUUCAGGUGUUUCCAGUGAUUAUCCUGACACGGAUCCUGGUAGUGGAGUUCAGUGCACGUCCUCGGAGGACGAAGAUUGCCAUUACGAUGACGAUGGUUUGGACGAAAGUGGACCAGGUCAUUACGUGUCUCAAGAUGUUUUGAAAAAAAUACGUGAAUGUGGUACAUCGGUAACCUAUUACGGUGGCAAAGUAGUAAACACAUGUAACGGACCGAUUAUAUCGCCUUUGAUUGAAAACAGAUUAAAAAGAAUCGAUCGGACGACGAACGAUUAUGUUAAAUUUAAACUCGUUAAGAGCAACUCAUGCGACAGUAGGCUCGAACUUACCGGUAGGCUUGUUGAAAGGCAAUCAAGAAUUACAAAUCGAAAUGUGACGCCUGAUCUGAGACAAUGUACAAUAGUGGAGACCCCAAGUAUCGAGAUUACUGGUAUUGACGCUAAGGAUAAGGAUGAGGAAAAGAUAAGAGAGAAAAUAGAUCUUAUCGAAACGAAAAGAGAACCACCUGUCGUUAUUGGAUUGGAACCAAAAAAAGAUGAGCUAAGGGAUAUUACGAAACUCUUUAAGGCCGAUUUCAAGAUAGGAAAUUACGAAGAUACUAAAUCAACUUUUCAUCCUAGAUUUAACGAGAGCGCUUUGACGAGGUGGCAGGUGAACGAGAAUCAUUUGAAGAACGGAAGUGAUUUUGGAAAGAUGGAGUUUGAAGAGUUUGAGGUACUCGAAGAUAGUCUAAAUGGAAUGGAUAAUCAAAGUCAACGUUUCGAGGCCUCUUGAGAUAUACGGGUUAGGCAAUAUUUUCUCAUAGAUCAAUCUUCUUCUUCUUCUUCUUCCUCUUACUCGAAGGGGUGUGUCUAUGAUCAAAAAAAGGAAAAAGAAGGAAAAUGAAAAAGAAAUAUUCAAUUCAAUGUUCUUUUAUAAAGUCAUAUAUGUGCGGGAAAACAAAAAGAAAAGAAAAGAAAAGAAAAGAAAAGAAAAGAAAAGAAAAGAAAAGAUAUGUAAUAUUUAAAAUGUAUAUUUGAUAUUUUCGUUGUGAGAAAAAGAAAAAAGAAAGAAAAAAAAAAAAAAAGAGAACAAAAGAAAGAAAAGGAAAAAAAAAGAAAUAUCAUUUUUGCUCUCGCAUAAAUAUAAUUAUAAUGUGUAAUAUUUAAAUUUUACAAUCAACGUCAUUGCUAAAUUACCAAAUUCAAAUAAAUUUUCAUGAUUAUCACGAAAUAUAAAAAUUUACGUGAACGUAAGUGUGCGACGAAACAUUAGAGACAAUAUCGAAGAAAUUUUUCACGAAUUAUCAGUAUAUUUAUAUUGCGACGAUUAAAAUGCCGUCCAAAUGCAACGUAACUCUGUCGUUAUACGUUAUAAUACAAGUUUAAAAUCCUUCAUUUAGUUUAUCUUGAUUAAGAUUAGCGCUAGUCCCGAUGAUAAUCAACUGUAAUAAAAAAAUAUUUCACAAAUUUGUUGUGUCUACAAUCGUAUUUAAAUUAUCAAACUUUUUCUCUAUUCGACGAUUAAAUAAAAAUCUUUCCCAUCAUUGAUAUACCAUUCGUUCUUUUACGAAUAGAACGAUAUCCAUCCUAUUACGAAAAAAAAUAUUAUCGCUUAUCUUCGUCCAAAAAUUUUUUUUCAUAUUUUACGAAUUCGAUGAAACAAGCAAUUCGAUCGUUCAAUUUCGAGUAAAGAAAUAGGUCUGAGGAAUAGGCCAA